UUCAGUCUCCGCUGUCUCUCACUGCCGCUCAGAGCUCGCGGUGCCCGAGAACCGAGGGGGAGGAAAUCGCGGCCGCUCGGCCGGACGCUGCGGGACGACGGCUCGGGACGGGGAGGUCCCCGCGGGGCCACGGAGAGCCUCGGCCGGCACCGGCGUUAGGCGAGAGCGGCGCUGGACUCACGGCCGCUACGUCCGAACCGAAGGGGCUAGGAAGGGGCCGUCGAGAUAGCUGUUCGAGAGCUCCUUUGACGGACGAAUCGCCCGUUUAGCGCUGCGGGUUUUUUAUUUAUUACGAUCGUGACAACAUCGCGCCCGCCGAACGCGCCGACGACGAUGCGGGACUUGCUUCUGAUCGCGGCGGUGGCUGCUGCGGCGAUGGUGUGCGAGGCGGUGAGCGGCCUGGCCGAGGUCGGCUCCGUGCGCAUCCCGCUGAGGACGGAGCGCUUGGUGUCUCGCCGCCUCGCCGCCGGCCCCACCGCAUACAAUCGGCACGUCCAGCCGAGGGCCGUCGCCCUGCAGGAGGAGCUGGUGGGGGUGGUGCCGGCGAAGGCGUCGCCGCGGCCGCCCGAGGAUGGGGACGCGCUGGCGUUGGGAGCCGAGGCUGUGGACGUCCCCGGCAUGCUGGACAACCUGCGAGGGAAACCUGGGCAGGGAUACUACAUCGAGAUGGCCUUGGGCACCCCACCCCAGAUGCUGAACAUUCUGGUGGACACGGGCAGCAGCAACUUCGCCGUGGGCGCUGCACCCCACCUCUUCCUCAAGCGCUACUACCGCCCCGAGCAGUCAUCGACGUACCGGCCGAGCAGCUCCAGCGUGUACGUGCCGUACACGCAGGGCAACUGGCAGGGAGACCUGGGCACGGACCUGGUCUCCGUGCCACACGGUGGCAACUCCAGCGUCCGCGCCAACGUGGCCGCCAUUACCUACUCCAACAGCUUCUUCAUUAACGGCUCCAACUGGGAGGGCAUCCUGGGGCUCGCCUACGCCAACAUCGCGCGGCCUGACGAUUCCUUGGAGCCGUUCUUCGACUCGCUGGUGAAGCAGACGGGCAUCCCCAACGUCUUCUCGCUUCAGCUAUGCGGCCUCUUCCCCGACCCAAACUCCACGGACGGCACGGCCGGAGGCACUAUGAUUCUGGGUGGGGUGGACACCGACCUGUACAUCGGAGACAUGUGGUACAGCCCCAUACGGAGGGAAUGGUAUUACGAGGUGAUCAUUGUGCGUAUGGAGGUGCACGGCAGGGACCUUAAAAUGGACUGCAAGGAGUACAACUACGACAAGAGCAUCGUCGACAGUGGCACCACAAACCUGCGCCUCCCGAAGCGAGUCUUCAACGCGGUCGUCUCCGCCAUCAAGCGCAACUCUCCCACGGAGAAGUUCCCCGAGGGUUUCUGGCUGGGAGAGCAGCUGGUUUGUUGGAGACCGGGCAGCACCCCAUGGCAUCUGUUCCCAAACAUAUCCCUCUACCUCAUGGGGGAGGCCACCAACCAGUCUUUCAGGGUCACCAUCAUGCCCGCGCAAUACCUGCGCGCGGUGGAGGACGUGGCGUCGAUGCUCGACGACUGCUACAAGUUCGCCAUCUCGCAGUCGAGCACGGGCACGGUGAUCGGCGCCGUCGUCAUGGAGGGGUUCUACGUCGUGUUCGACCGCGCUCACAAGCGCGUCGGCUUCGCCGUCAGCCGCUGCUCAGUGCGAGGAGGCCCCGGGGACUCCCCCAGCGUGUCGGGCCCCUUCGUGCUGCCCGACGUGAACAUGGCGGAGUGCGCGUACAGCGCGGCGCGGCCCGACGAGACGGCGCUGCUCACCGUCGCGUACGUCAUGGCCGCCAUCUGCGCCCUCUUCAUGCUGCCCGUGUGCCUCCUCACGCUGCAGGGCCAGUGCGGCCGCUGCCGGCGCAGGGCUGGCGACGAGCUCACCGACGACACGUCGCUGCUCAAAUAGCGGCGGCGGCGCCUCCCCCCCUCCCUCCGAGGAGGAGGGAGACCCUUUGGCACUUGGCCGUCCAGCCCUGUGUGUGUGUGCGCACGUAGCGUACGUUUAUACCACGUGGUGUUGGCCACACCCUCGUCCACCACCCAUCUCGUGCCAGCCUUCAUGGGUGCUUGUUAACAGCACUUGCCUCAACAGUCUGUUAAAGGCUACACGAGGACCUUUGGCUUUGUAUAUACUGCGUGGUGCUGGCCACACUUCAGUCCAACCCUUCCCUUCCCCACCCCAACCCCCCCCCCCCAUCUCGUGCCAGCCUUCAUGGGUACUCGUUCACAUCACUUGCCCCAACAGUCUGUUAAAGGCUACAUGGUUUUUUUUGUAAAUACUGCGUGGUGCGUGGCCAUACGACCCACUUCGUGCACCGUGCCAGCAGCCUUCGUAGGUGCUCGCUUAACAGCACUUGGUGGUGCUCGAAUCUGAAUGCCAACAAGUAUGAAAAUGCCAUACUUGGUGGCAUUGCAGCGUCUUCCAGUAAGACAACCACUACCGAUCACUCAGAAGGGCAAGUACAUAUUUUACCAAACCUGGAAAGAUGAUGGGCUGAGUUAUGACUUUCUGUCUAGCAUUAAAAUUCACGACGUUUCCAAUUGUGAGGCAGGCAUUCUUUUACAGCAUCAUCUGCCCACAUGUAUAUAUAUGCGUAUGUGUGUGUGCGUACGUGUGUGUAUAUGUUGCGGGGAGCGGUAGCGUAGCGGUUAGCGCGCUGCACUAUGAACCUGGUGACUCGAGUUAGAUUCCCGCUCGCAGCCAACACCAGUGACGAUUAUCUGAACCAGUUAUGGGCCUCCCCUAGGUCGACUCACCCUUAAAUGAGUACCUGGUGUGGUGUGUAAAUAUCACCACUGGGGAGACAAAGGCAGUCGUGCGUUGUGCUGGCCACCCACCCCCUCGUGUGCCAUGCCAACCUUCAUAGGUGCUCACUCACACUUCUUGCCCCAACAGUCUAUUAAGGCAAUACAUGCGAUCUUUGUCUUUGUUUAUCGUGUGUGAGUGUAUGUGGGGAGCAAUAUCAUUGUGGACCCGUCAAGCUAAAUGUCAUACCCAGUGGUAACUGAUAUUAAAACCUGGCCAGGCCCUGCCUUGGGCUAUGUUUAUAUAUAAAAAAAAAUAAUUGUACCUCGUGGAGUGUGGUGUUUCACAUCUGCAGUGGGAAGACAAAGGUGGCUAAUACUUGUAUGCCAAUACCACCUGUAGCACUGUCUGCUUUAUCGGUGCUUGCUGAUAUAAUUUCACUCCACCAAACUGUAAAACUUGAGGGGAGAUAAUUUUUUACACCGAGAUAUACACACAUGCGUACAAGUGUAUAAACUCCAUGUAAUCUAAUGACACUUUAUUUAAAAGAAAUUCUAAAAUGUAUUCAUUCUGUAAUUACAUUUUGUAAACUUUGGUCUUUUUAAAUUAUUUUCAUUUUUCUGUCACAAAAUCAAAAAAAAAAUCCUCAUUGUGAAGGCUGAGUUGGAGCCUGUUGCUGUAUUUUGUCUGGCUUUAUGCGAGCCGGCAUGAAAAUCAAAUGGCCAUAAAAAUACAUUUGAGCAUAUCAAAUAGCUUGGGGUAAUCGGCUGAAGUUGCCUUUGGUGUGCAAUGCGUUCGGCGUCGGAUGAGGAAAACCUACGGAGGCCACCUGUUGGAAUACUGUUUUUGGACCGCCUUGAGAUUUCUCCAGAACAAUUGUCCAGCAUAGUUAUGGACCAACAGUAAAAUGAACGUUGCUUUCAUGUUUCCCACAAAAUGGCUCGCUGGCAACGAAGGGACCCGAAUGAAAGUGAAGGAGUGUUGCAAAUCAAACUUGGAAAGACUGGGGACCUGUAAAUCUAUAUUUUUUGGUGGUCAGAUAGAAGGAAAAUAUAUUCUUGUGGCUGAAUGUGUAUAAAAUUAUUUCAGCAGUUGUAAGCUGGCCAAAGCUGUUUGGACAACUCUAGUAAGUUUGACGUGCGUUAUUUUAAGUUGUUUUGUUAAAUCAAGGAUGGGUGUUGUACCUGCCAAUGAAAUGGACUUACAGGUCGUGCACAUCCCAAAACAAUACAAUUGAAGAGUUCUGGUUCUCUGUCAACACUGCAGUAGGUUUAUCAUGAAGUGUUGUGCAAGUCUUUUGUGAUAGCUGGGUUUGGAUGUUCAGUAUAGUAUCGCAUAGUUUGUAAGUCAUUUUCUCUUGGUUUAACUAAAGAGGUGUACGUUUAUCAAACUUUUGUUUUAAAAAACAUAACUUUUUCCCGGCACUGCGGUAAAUAUAUACGACUUGAAAUGGUAAAAUGUUAGAAUUCAAUGUUGAUGUUAUGUUGAUAGUAUACUCGACUGAUUCAUAAUAAACAAACAAAAGACAAUAAUGCUGCCAUGGAGACAUGGUUAGCACACUAAUCUAGAGGUUACCGGUUCGAUUUAAUCGAUCUCUGGUCAAAACGGAGUAUAAAUGGGUUCACAGUUUGGCAAAAGUGUGGCUAUCCCCACCUCUUUGAAGGUGUUUGGCAAUCGUGGAAGAGUAGAUCAAACUACCUCUCGCGCUCCCUCCAGUGUAGUCGGUCUUUCUGCCAGGAUUGGCGUGAAAAAGCAAUUGAAGGGCUCCUUCUAAUGAACACUAAAAACAAACUAAAAUCUGUAUCCUCGGUGUACGAUGUACACGAUCUUCUGUUGCUGCACACGUGUGGCCCAACAAGCUGGGUCUGAGAAUCUCAGUCAGCUGUGCAAAGCUGGAUGUUACGUGAAGUUAUGCCAAAGAGAAUUCCCUUCGCUCAUUGCCGGACAUUCUGCACACUAACAAUCUGUGUAUUUGUGACAAAUAGAUGGAAAGUAUGUGGUGCUACGCUAUGCUAGUGGAAAAUGUUUUUUCAUUAUUUUGAAAUUAAAUGCCUGUUGUGUAUGAAGUUUGAAGGGAAACUUUUGUGUGACAUCGCCAUAUGAUUCUAUUGUGCAGAUAUGCCAGCCAGUGACACUCUUCUUAGACAACCCAAGUAUUUUUUUUCAUGUUGGGACUGCAUGUCGAAUUCAAUGCCACGAAUUCAAUGCCACGAAUUCAGCGCCCCGAAUUUAAUGCCCGCAUUUGCCCGCAGUGGUGAAUUUUGAAAGCUGAAGGGGAGAGAGAGAAACGCCCCAGCAUGCAGCCCAACACGGACAAUCGUACUUAGAAUCACGAGCAGCUGUGACAAAACAUUUGUGCUAAAUAAUAAAUGAAAAAUGUGUUUGUAUUCAUGAACGGAAAUGUGACUGCGCGUGUACCCGAAGGCAGUACAAGCCGUGCUAUUGCAUUUUCAGUAAUGUUUUGUUGAUUUUCAAUUCGUUGAGUGUGCAAGUUAUUCAAUGACAUUAAAGCAUUUAAUAGAUAUUCAGUACUUAGUUAUUUUACUUAAAUACACAGGACCUGUUUUAUAACUGAACUUGUGAAAUUGCAUUUCCAAUUUAGAUUUUUGCUUUCUCAUCUGCUACCCAAAAUCGACUUUUAUUUUUUAAAAUACAUGGUUUAACUUAUAGAAAUAUACAUUUUGUUGCACAGUGUGAAGCAUAAUAACCCGUGUAGGUUGUGUUGGUUAAGCCUAACUGCAAGACACUUGGCUGAUCUUGGAUGCUCAUCUAACUCUUGAGAAAAAAAAUCGAAGUACACAAUUCGUCUCCACAUUUUUCUCUCCACAAGAAAAUUACACGUUUCUUUUUUUUACACGUCCCGUUGGCUGCAUUGGGUAUAAUUUCAGCAGAAUUUGAACAAAAUUGGGUGUAAUUGCAGGCAAACUGGAAACCGGUGGAGAAUUUCCAUUGUUUAUAUUAUCCAAAUUGAUUCUUAAUGAUAUUGUGACUACUUCACAGCUGACCAAAACAUAUCUUGUGGACAGAGGUCGCAAUCUGGUACCCGAUACCCGUACCCUACCCGAUAGCCGGCUACCCAUACCCGGCCGGGUACGGGUACAGGUACCCGUUUGCGACCCUGGUGUGGCCGGGUACGGGUAGGCCGUGAGUCACUGGUGAGUAACCGUUUGUCACUCAUUUCCCAACGUCUUGUCUCUUCUCACGAUUCAAGUUCCUAGAAUCAACCCACCCGCGCCUGCAACAUGGCUUCAUCCCAGAGGUCGCAAUCGGGUACCCGAUACCCGAACCCGGCUGGGUACAGAUGAGGAAUCAAAACCCGUUUGCGACCUCUGCUUGUGGAUGAAGUGGAAUGUUUGAAUACAAAACCUCGGGCAGUCCAGCUGUUUCCGAGGCUUAGAACCUGAGCACGGCUUUAUCUUUCCACUCACUCCAAACUCAUUUGCAGCAAUAUCCGAUCCUGUUUGACCACGAGUUUUCAGGCCAACUUGAAGUGCCUUUUUUGUGCAUUGAUUUAUUGCGGUAAUAAAUUAGUUGUACGCAUUGUUGGUAUGUUUUGCAUCAAAUGCACGUAAAUUGUUACACGUGUCUCGAGCGACGCGCGGGUUCGGAGUGUGCGAUUGCGCGUAGAUGCGGCGAAUCUUUCUCCCCGUAGUUUGCUCUUCGCUGUUCGAAUCCUUCACUCGUGUGCGGCCACACGUGGGACAACCACGUGUCUGGGCUGUGAACCGUGUGCGCGCGCUACGUUGCAGGCAGCUGCUGUCUCGUGCGGGUUUCGCUUUAUGCGCCCCCCUUUUUGUUACUCUUAGUUUUUUCGGUAAAGUCGCGUAGGUAAGAAAUGAAAUUAAAAUUAAUAAAAAAUAAAAUAAUAAAAAUCACGAUGUUUCGGAGGCAACACAAGUCUCCGUCAUCAGGUGGGACCGUCACAGCCAGAUGUGCUGUAUCAAGUGCCUCACUUAUUAUUAUUAUUUUAUUUUUAUAAAUUUUAAUUUCAUUUUUUUUAUCUACGUGACUUUACCGAAAAAACUAAGAGUAUGAAUCCUUGCAGUCACGAAAGCUUCAAAUCUAGAACCCCUUUUUGUUGUUUGGACACAUCUUCCACUACCGCGUGAAGCGAGGGAUAAAAAAAAACAACUGCAGUUUGAAACUGGUGGCUGCUGCUUCAAUUGCUAUGGUUGACUUCUGGCAAGCUGACGCGUCUCACCUUUUAGUUUGUGAGUACUCACAGGCGAGUUGAACAACAGCAGAUCACGUGAGGAAUUUCGGGAGCAGAAUCCAGUCCACAGUUACUCAGUCUUUGGUUGACUAACAUCCACGUGUUCCUUGAACAUAGCUGAUCUGGUAAGAUUAUCGAGAUUUAAUUCCCAGUCUUAGAUUUGGGGAAAAAAAGCACUGCUAUCAUAUGAACACUGCAUUUACAUGGAUAAGGAACAAAUAGGCCUGUUUUAUUAUUUGUAAGAACGGUUACCUUUGCCAAAUUAAAGGUCCGUUUGCAAUGUGGCCCUGCCAAACAACUUUGUGCGAAUGCCAAUUUUCCGGUUUUCUUUGUCUCGCAACUACAUAUCUCACUGCCAUUGCCAUGACUGUACGCUGCUUUACUAACAAAAGCUCAUCACUCGAUUCUUUGAAUAUGAAGAGCGUUGCAUACUCCCCCCCCCCCCCCCCCCCCAUAUGCACAGAACCAAACGCCUGUAAUCAAAUACCACAAACUGUAAUAAACAUUUGAUUUGAUUUUUAGUUGCCAGAUGUUGGAAUUGUACAGGUAAUUCUAAUAACGGUUGUUUGAUGUUUUGUAUUGUCCUGGUAGUUAUCACGUUGUUGGUUAAAAUGUUGCUUUUUUUUAAUAAUGCACUUAAAUGAGCAUUCGCUACUGGAGAAAGAAUGGAAACAAAAUAACAAGUGGACUAAUUUAGAAUUGUCUUCCAUUUCAUUGUCUUAAUUACAUAAUAAACUUUGGGUACAAACUAUUGAGAAUGGGACCUUAAUUAUGCAUAAAUAACAGUUAAAUAUUUUCAGACACUAACCUCAACCUAUGACCAUUAACACUUAAAUGAGGCUUUACAUUUGUAUAACCAUUACAUAAUUUUUACCAUUUGCACCGAUUAGAACAUUUGGCUACGUACGGUUGAAAAGCUCAAAAUACAUUGGACCGUGCAUCAUAUCAUAUGGAUAAUGUAUAUAUUGAUAGCAUUUGAAAACGUGUUUGUUAAUAAUUUGCUGCUACAACUUCCAAUUUAACCUGAUUAAUAAAGCGAAUCCAUUGAUUGAUAGUUUGAACAUUGUAAUUGGUUGGUGGCACUGGAAAUUGUUUGGUCAGGAGUUUUCAAAAGUUAUUCAAGUAUAUUGGAAUAUUUAAACCUCUUGGUCACUGCUUCAGAAUAUUCCAACAAAAUAAUUUACGCAGCACCCUCUUUGAUUUGGAUUUGUAUCAGAGUUAAAAGGAUACUCUGCAACAUUCUUCAAAGACAUGUACAUUUAAAUUUAAAACUUGCGUUAUUCUCAUAGGCCGGAGCAGAAUGUCUUCCCACGGGUGGUGGAACAUAUUUAGCAAUACCAGUUUCUAUGUAUGGUUAAUAGAUGUGGAUUAUGUAAGAACAUAAUUUUUCUUAAGCAAGGUUACUGCACAAUUCCCUUGUAUUGGUGAUUUGAAUUUUAGUAAACCUAAUGUGUUGCCAUCGCAAGUGGCAACAAACAAUUUAGAUAUUUGGUCUGGCCCACCGGGAUACAAUUGUCAAUCUUUGCCGUGUCAUAUCUUGCCGGGCUGGAUUUUAAUACUUCGACCAUGAGUGCAGAAUUUAAUGUUUCCAAUAUUUCCAAGGUUACCCUGAAAAGGGUAACCUUGGAGACAUUCUGCAGCAAAUGAGAGGCAUGGUAUGGAACAAUGUGCAUUGUGUAAUAGGGUGUGACUUGUAUAAAAGGUUGACAGGUUUGUUCCUUAAGCAUUGAGACGUAGUUUAAACCACAAACUCUGAAGAUUGCAAUGAUGGUUCUGCUUUUAGAAGGUGGAGCAGACCGAUGGAUCGAUCCCUGGAUUAGCUGCAGAUGCAGUUUAUUUUGGUUCAUGAAGAUAUUUUUGUUUCCAACGAACGAGUAAUUUUCUACUGCCCGUGUCUGUACAAGGGUAAGAGUGCACGCGAGGCGAUGUUAUAUGAAUAAAAAUGAUCAUCGUACAAUCUAUAAUCAUACAUUUUGACAAACUUAAAUUUGCAGCUUUCGGGCAGAAUUUUAUAAGAAAAUAAAAGUAUCGAAUAAUUAAAGGAGAACAGUUUGCUAUCGAUCGAUGUGAAAAAUAAGUUUGUAAAAUAAACCUUUCGGUGAAAAGUG